AAGCCCUCAGCUCUGCAUUCCGGCGGAGCUUUCAGGCACACACCGGCGCAGAACAGUCCCGGGCCGAAACCCUUACAGUCGCGCUCCUAGAAAAGUCCUGAAGGGGAAAAGUUGCAACGCUCCUGUCUCCCAGCAGAUUCCCUUCUUUCAUGUGUUUUUUUAUUCGGAGCUAUAGAGGAAUGGUUCACUUUUUCACACAUAGCUGUCUGAACUGUAAGAGAAGGCGCUUUAUAUCUUUUUAAGAUAAACACCUUCCUUUUAGCGUUGUUACUACAUUUUCUCCACCAUGGUGAUCAUGACGGACACCAGCAUGGCUGCUCAGCCCAGCCCUGCUCAAGGGAGGCCGCUACAGGUUGGCUUCUAUGAGAUCAUCCGCACCCUGGGGAAAGGAAACUUUGCAGUGGUAAAACUGGCCAGGCACAAAGUCACCAAAACGCAGGUGGCAAUUAAAAUUAUCGAUAAGACCAGGCUGAGUCCAUCUAACCUGGAGAAAAUUUACAGAGAGGUGCAGAUUAUGAAGCUGCUGAACCAUCCCCACAUCAUCAAGCUCUACCAGGUCAUGGAAACCAAAGACAUGCUGUACAUCGUUACAGAGUAUGCAAAGAAUGGAGAGAUGUUUGACCACCUGACCUCAAACGGCCGCAUGAGCGAAGAUGAGGCGAGAAGGAAGUUCUGGCAGAUCCUCACAGCGGUGGACUACUGCCACCGACAUCACAUCGUCCACCGCGACCUGAAAACCGAGAACCUGCUGCUGGAUGCCAACAUGAACAUCAAACUGGCUGACUUUGGAUUUGGAAACUUCUACAAUGCCGGGGAUCCUCUAACUACGUGGUGCGGCAGCCCGCCUUAUGCCGCGCCUGAAGUGUUUGAGGGGAAAGAGUAUGAGGGGCCACAGCUUGACAUUUGGAGCCUCGGUGUGGUGCUGUAUGUCCUGGUCUGCGGCUCUCUUCCAUUCGACGCUCCCAGCCUCCCUGCGCUCAGACAGAGAGUCACAGAGGGUCGAUUCAGGAUCCCCUUCUUUAUGUCUCAAGACUGUGAAAAUCUGAUCCGUAAGAUGCUAGUGGUAGACCCAGCUAAAAGGAUCAGCAUAGCCCAGAUCAAGCAACACCGCUGGAUGCUGGCUGACCCGUCGGCUGCUCAUCAAACCCUCAGCCAUUCCCUCACUGAAUACAACUCCAACCUGGGUGAUUACAGCGAACCAGUCCUGGGAAUCAUGAACACACUGGGCAUCGACCGCCAGAGGACAAUCGAGUCUCUGCAGAGCAGCAGCUAUAAUCACUUCUCUGCAAUCUACUACCUGCUCCUAGAGCGAGUGCGAGAGCAUCGCGCUCAGCAGCUGAGUCGUCAGUGUGGCACGUGGAACCAAAGACCCAGGAGCACAUCUGACUCCACCGGCCCAGAGGUUAUCAUGGAGUCCGGUGAGACGUUUAGAACGCCUUCUUUUUCACUUCCAGCCAAAAACACUUCUCCUGUGUACUCUGAGGUGGAGUGUGACCAAGGUGGAUUAUUCCAGCGGGUGGUGUUCCCAGUGGAGGCCAGCUUGAACAGGCUCCUCUGGAACCGCUCAAUUUCACCCAACAGCCUGUUGGAGACCAGCAUCAGUGAGGAGGUGCGUCCUAGGGACCUGGAGGAGGAGGAGGCCACACAGAGCCUCGGGCCCUUGCUCCCUCCCACAACAUCCCGCAGACACACUCUGGCUGAGGUCUCCGCCCGUUUCCACCAGUGCAACCCUCCCUGUAUUGUGGUCAGUCCCUCAGAUGGAGCUUCAUCGGACAGCUGUCUGAAGUCCUCAUCUAGCCCCACUCCCACAUUACAAUCUGCUAUGGGGGAGAUGUCCACACUUCUAGCAUUAGGUGCUGAAGGUGGAGCUCGGCUGCCUGCCGGAGCUCCUCUGGCUCUCUCCUCCCACCUCCUUCCCCAAACUCAGAGCAGUCUGCCAGCAGUCAGCUUCCAGGAGGGUCGCCGGGCCUCUGACACCUCCCUCACACAAGGCCUGAAAGCUUUCCGCCAGCAGCUGAGGAAAAACACACGCACCAAAGGGCUUCUGGGGUUAAAUAAGAUCAAGGGUCUGGCCAGGCAGGUUGUUCCCCCUCCCUCCUCCACCCGCGGCAGCCGAGGCUCACUGGGGCCAGCCUUCUCUGAGCACCGCAGCAUGCUGGAGGAAGUGUUGCACCAGCAAAGGAUGCUGCAGAUUCAGCACCAACAACCAGCUCAGAUCCAGGCCACCCAGACAGGACACCCUCAGAACCCUCUCCUCUUCCUGGCACAGCAGCAGUCACCCUCUCCUCCACCUACAUCCACAUUUACUCCCUCCUCCAUCUUUGAUGCUCCCACCGCCCAACCCUCCCUGCCUUCUCCCUCUCAGCAGCAAGCUCCAGCGAGCCUAUGGCAUCAAACACUCGAGACCUCCUCCUCCUUCUCCGGCUGCUCCUCGGCCUCAUCCAGCUGCUACGCCUCCUCACUGUCUCCCGUGGCCUCCGCCGCCUACCUUCUGGAGGCCCGCCUGCACAUCAGCCAGCAACCCCAGCCUCUCCCCUUCGCCGUCCUGCAGCAGCCUCAGUCCGCGACGCACGGGCCGUUCCCCGUCUCAUCCAAGCUGGCCCCUUGGAGCUUGGACUCGGCCUCCGGCGUGGACCCCAGCAUGCAGGAGCUGGGCAUGGCCGGACAGCAGCAGCUCAGCAGCUGCGUGAUGGUGAAAUAAAACGGUCCAAGGAAAGAGCACAACUGAGCGGAAGAUACAAAAAAGCUGAUGCAAGCGAUAAUCUGACUCAUCGUUGAACAUGAGGCACACAUGUGAGAAUGUGUCCACGUAUGUGUGUUUUUGAGAUCAUAUAAGCUAGAGACUAAGCAAUAACCAAACUCUGGAUGAGGUGGUAAAUUCAGCAGCCAGAGAAGCAAUAACAGACUCAAAGGCUCUCUUCCAGCUCUCCGAUGGACUCACUUGAAUGAGAUUAGCUGAAAUGACUUUUAAAUUCUGAUGCUGUCUAAGUGAACAGGAAUACUCCCUCCACUGCUCUUCGUUCUAGUUCUUCUAUAAAUAAGAAGACCAAAAUUCUUCCCAAACUUUAUUCGCCUUUCUUGAGACAUUUCUCUGUAGCAGUGCAAUGAACAUGCAGUAUAGCGCCUGGAGCUUACGAGCAUUCACUGAAGGACUUGUAUCGAAACUGUGAUGAUUUUUUUUGUUUUGGUUUCAUUGCGAGCUUGUUUUUUUGCUACGCAAAAUGCUGCUUUUUACCUCAAGCUGAAAGACUGCUAUCUUAUAAUCAGCCAAAACUGAAUGAAGAUGUUGUCUCGCUGGUUUAGCUAAAGCACACACAGGUACAUCGGUCCCAGUCGAGCUAUAGGUGCAAAAAUCCACAAUGUCUUCGUUUGCUGGACACCUCCAGGUUAGAUGCUUUUACAAACCUUAGGCAACAAGGUGAAACAUCACGUUUAUCACUUCAGACAUCGCAAGAGUGGAAGCAUUGCUCCCCAGUUAGAGAUAAUGCAGCAGCUCGUCCGCCAUAUUGUGAGUGGCAACAUUUUUGGGGGAAGGCAUUUAAAGGAAAAGAAUCGCUAACGUUUAUAUUCAGCUAACUUGCAUGAGCUGUUUUUAUAUGCAGUUUUAAUUAAUUGAAAAAUUGGCUAAAUUAAUUUAGUGUAUUUAUAGCAAUAAUGAUAAUUUAUAUAUAUAUUCUUCAUUAUUUAAUUUAACAAUACCAGAUCAAACCCAACAUUAGUGCAUAGCUUGACCUAAAGUGCUCAAUAAGGAGCUAAAGUUUUUGCCCUCACACUGUUGCGGACGUUAACCUUCAAUCUCGAGGCUCCACGUGUGUCUCAUAGGAACGCUGGACAGAACAAAGUCUGUGGGAACGUGCAAUAUUUCACACGACGGAGAGACAAGGUUCAGGACUACUUGUAUUUCACCUGAGGUUUUUUCUUUUUUUUUUUUUUUUUACUUUAAAAGUGUUUGAUCUUACUGCGCUAGCUAACUGACCAGAAAAGGUACUUGUUAUAUGUGAUCCAAUAAAACACAACACUGUAGUGAUUUAGAGGAAGGCAUUUCAAAACAGCGCAUUUGCAGUUAAAAGACAGGAAGGAAUUUUGGGUUUUACCAAAGAGCGAACAGCACAAGAGAUGGGUGAUCUGUCAAAGACACACUACUGACUUUUUUUUUUCUUUUCAAAUGGUGUCUAAAGAUGUAGCCCGGUGGUAAGCAACCAUUUUAAGUUGAUCUGAAACUCCUGCUGCCACCUAAUCCUAAAGCUACUCCUUGUCUUUGUAUAUGUAGCUGUUACUGACAGGACCAUGGUUGUGUUCUCCCUUUUUUGUACUUUUUUAGAAAAAAAGAAGAAAAUAUAAAUAAAAAAAAGAAAUACACCUAAACAUAGCAAUACCAUAUUGUGAAGGAAGCUGAACUUUAUUCAGUGGCUACAAGCUUAUUUCAGAUGAAGCGAUGUGUGUUGUUGUGUGUUCAGUUAGUCGUCUCAUAUCUGUGAAAGAUCUCAUAGGAGAGCAGUGUUUUUCAAGGUUCCCGCCCUGAACCUGGAGACGUGCAGUGUUGAUACUCCAGUCCUUUUUUGGUAGAUUGCACUCAUCAGUGACACUUGUGCCUUUUAUCCAAGCAAACUCACAUUCAGAACCCACCGUGUCUGAUUGUGACUCUGAAGAAGGAAUAAUGGCUGCUCCUGUCAGCAGCCAUUCAUUCCUUUGUUCAUUCAUUGGUUCCUCUUAAAAUUUGUUUUAAGCUUUCUGUUUGAACAGAAAAUAAAAUGCACUUUAUUCGUAUAAAUUAAUUUUUUUGUUUCUCAUAAUGGAAAAAACAACAACCUGUUGAAACACUAAGAAUUGUGAUGCAAAUCGGUAAGAUGAUCCUUUUGAUAGAAACUCCAGAUAAUAGGUAUUUCCUGUUUUUUGUUUGUUUUUUUCCAAAAUUGUUACUUGACUGAGCAUGAUCACGUCUUGGUGUGUGCGAAUGUGUGAAUGUAUGUGUGAAGAGGAGGACCAGAAGAUGAAAAGGAAAAAAUGUUAAAGAAAGAUUGUUUAUUUAUGUGGCUAUUUAUUUAAAUAAAGUUCACUUCCUUAAGUAUGAACCGUGUCUC